AUGUCAGAAUUCUUAGGAUCUCGCAUCUCACUCAUCUCCAAGAGCGACAUUCGAUAUGUCGGCGUUCUUCACGAGAUCAACUCGGAUGAGUCGACCGUCUCGCUCGAGAAUGUUCGCUCCUUUGGAACCGAGGGUCGGAGAAACAGACCCGAAGAAGAGAUAGCGCCUUCCGACCAGGUUUACGACUACAUCAUUUUCCGUGGCAGCGAUGUCAAGGACUUGAGGAUUGAGGAUCACCCAGGCAUCAAGGAGAACAAGCCUCCUGCCAUACCCGAGGACCCAGCCAUUGUCAACGCCCGUCCUCGUCCUGGCCAGGGACCUAACAACCAGCCGCCUCCUGCGCCUGGCUUCGGUCAGCCUCCAUUCCAGAACAACUUCUACCCACCACCCGGCCCAUGGGGCCCUGCCCCUGGUCCUGGCCGCGGGGGUCCCGUUCCCGGCGCUGGGAUGGGCGGCAUGCCAUACCCUCCUCCUCCAGGAUGGUUCCCUCCCGGCCCUCCGGGCCAAGGCUUCCCCCCUGGCCCUGAACAGUGGAACAACUAUAACAACUACCCCCCCGGUCCCCGUGGUCCUACAGGUCCUGCAGGUCCUCUUGGCCCUGGUGGUGUACCUGGCCAGGCUCCCGAGAACCGUGGAACUCCCGGUCCUCAAGAUGGAAAGCCUGCGCCGAUUGGUGCUGCUGGUGACAAGCAGAAGCCCGCUACUCCGGCCGCUCAAGGUGCACCCAGCGAACCAAAGACGGCACCCCCUCCUGGUUUCCAGGCACCCGCGCCGACACCUCCAGUCGACUCGAAGCCUUCUGUGGCAGAGGUGAAGGCGACCGCUGCGUCUCUGAACACGACUGGCCCCUCGAAGCCCGUUGAGCUUCCGGUGCCCACAGGACCUAAGAACGUUGGUCGCGUUCAGCCGGUUAUUCCUCUGGCUGGAUCCAUACCCAAGGCAUUCCCCGUCCCUGUUAGCGACGGUAGCGCUGCUCAAUCUGCGCCCAAGGCUGUCGCGGCUCCCACGGCUGCUUCUGUACGCGAUGCGACAGAGGCAGCAAAGGCCGCUGUCGCUUUGGCCAUGGCCAACAUGAACGCUGGCAAUGUUGCAUUCCCGGCUGUACCCCAGGGCAACGGUAAUGCUAUGGAUAACUUGACCAAGAAGGUCAACGAGAUGAGAGUCAAUGCUACCCGAACUACCCAGCCGGGAGGAGGCCGGGGCCGAGGUCGUGGCGGCCGACAGGGUCAGGCCCAAGGCCAGGGCCAGACCAAGGUUGAUGUCCCAGACGCGGACUUUGACUUUGCUCAAGCCAAUGCGAAGUUCAACAAGGACGACCUGGUGAAGGAAGCGAUCGCAGGCUCGCCUCUGAACGAGACGCCCACCAGCGGACCUGCAGCUGAAGUUCCCGCUCCCGAGAUCCCAGGCACAAACCCACCGAUUGCCUACAACAAGACCCGAUCGUUCUUCGACAAUAUCUCAAGCGAGGCUAAAGAUCGGGCAGAUAACAACGGUCAGAAGCCCGGUGGCCGCGAGUGGCGCGGUGAGGAGCAGCGGAAGAAUAUGGAGACCUUUGGCCAAGGCAGUGUCGACGGUGGUUACAGAGGCUACCGGGGCAGAGGUCGCGGCCGCGGCCGCGGCUUCGGCGGCAGCCGUGGUGGAAGAGGUGGGUACCGUGGUCGUGGUGGCCAAGGUGCUGCGUCUCCGGCUGCGAACUAG